AAAUAAACCGUUUUCUACUAGGGUAUAAGCAGAGUGGAGUUCUCUGCAUAAACAGAGCAGUAAACACAGCCAUUAUUAUGUCUACUGUAUUUCGAAGAGCUUCCUGGAAACUACGUCGUUUUAGUUCGGGUCUUCUUGCGACCCGAUAUUCUAGCAGCGCCACCGGUCUCUACGGGUUCGACCACUUGAAAAGUGCCAAAGGAUUCCGAAGAUUCGUCGAUGAAGCUAUUGAGAGGUCUGGUGAACUGGUUAAUCGCAUUUCAGAGACGGUUUCGUCAGCUGAAGUUAUACGAGCCAUGGAUGAGAUUUCAAACACAGUUUGUUGUGUGGUCGACUCUGCUGAACUUUGUAGAAAUACUCAUCCAGACAGGGAAUUUGUUGAAGAGGCUAACAAGGCAUCGAUGAGAAUCAAUGAAUAUCUACAUUUUCUUAAUACGAAUCAUACUUUAUAUAAUGCGAUGAAAAAAGCGGAGCAAGAUGAACAUUUACUUACAAAAGAGGCUCAUAGGGCUGCCCACCACCUACGCAUUGAUUUUGAAAAGGGUGGAAUCCAUCUCUCAUCUGAGAAAUUAGAUAGAGUGAAUCAGCUGCAUAUGGAAAUAUUUAAGCUCUCUGCGGAGUUUGGUGAAAACAUUGCUAUUGAUCCUGGUCAUGUGGAUGUAUAUCCAGCAUCACUUAUCCCAAAAAACAUUCAUCAUCUCCUUACUCCCAUUCAUUGUUCCACAUCUGGACCUUCAGGAGGAUCUCGUGGGGAAAAAGGGUUUCGAAUAACAACUGACCCCCGCAAUCUAGUUUCUGUUCUACAAUGGGUAUCAGAUGAAAAGGUUAGAAAGAGUUCAUAUAUCAAAGGUAUUUCCGUCCCAUAUGCAAACAUCGAAGUUCUUGAUAAGCUUAUUGCUGCUCGUCAUGAGCUUGCUGAGUUAAUGGGUUAUAGAUCUUAUGCUGAAUUCACGGUGAAACAAAAUUUGGCUUCAUCUCCUGAAGUUGUAACAUCCUUUCUCUGUGAGAUGAGUGAGGUGAUCAGGCCAAGAGCUGAUCAGGAGUUUGAGGCAAUUAGAAAAUUUAAGAGAGAAAAAUGUGGGAAUAACUGUAUUGAUUUGGAGCCAUGGGAUGAAGCAUACUAUACUGGGAUGAUGAAGUCUUCUGCUCAGAAUUUGAAUUCCUUGAUUGUAGCAUCAUAUUUUCCUUUGCCACAUUGCAUAGAAGGUUUGAAAGUAUUGGUGAAGUCAUUAUUUGGUGCAACAUUUCAUAAUGUUCCAAUGGCACCUGGCGAAUCAUGGCACCCAGACGUUAUCAAAAUGGUACUUCAUCAUCCUCAGGAGGGUGAUCUGGGGUAUCUAUACCUUGAUUUGUACUCCAGGAAGGGAAAAUACCCGGGGUGUGCUAAUUUUACGAUCAAAGGAGGCUGCCGCAUAUCUGAAACAGAAUACCAGCUUCCUGUUGUUGCCCUUGUUUGCAAUUUUUCUGGAUCGCAUAGUUCAUCAACUGUGAGGCUCACUCAUUGUGAAGUGGAAACCCUAUUUCAUGAGUUUGGACAUUCUCUUCAUUCCUUACUCUCAAGAACGGAUUACCAACAUUUUUCAGGUACUCGAGUGGCUCUUGACUUUGCCGAGAUGCCUUCCAAUCUCUUUGAGUAUUUUGCUUGGGAUUACCGGGUAUUGAAAACAUUUGCCAAGCACUAUUCAUCUGGGGAAGUAAUACCUGAGAGCUUGGUGAAGUCAAUGCACUGUGCUAGAGAUAUGUUUGCAGCGACUGAAUUGCAACGACAGAUUUUCUAUGCCUUGGUUGACCAAACACUUUUUGGAGAACAAGCAGACUCAUCCAGGGAUACAAGUUCUAUUGUUGCAGAUCUUAAAAGGCAGUAUACCAGUUGGAAGCAUGUGGAGGGUACCCAUUGGCAGAUCAGAUUCAGUCAUCUUCUAAACUACGGUGCAGGAUAUUAUACCUACUUGUAUGCUAGAUGUUUUUCGGCAACCAUAUGGAAAAAGUUAUUACACGAGGAUCCACUUUCAUUAGCCACAGGAACUGCUAUAAGGACGAAGUUAUUGCAACAUGGAGGAGCGAAAGAACCGGCUGAAAUGAUGAAUGAUCUUGUGGGAGAAGGUAUUAUCAGAUAUUGCAAUGGAGGGAUAGUUCCCAACAUGACCAGCUUCUUGGAUGAGUUAGGUUUGGUGGAAGAUCAGCUUUUGGGUCCCUUAUUGCAAUCAAGCAAAAGAUAGGCGAGUCUUUUCCCGGCAACAGUGGGAUGACAAAACACCGGAAACAAAUACAAGUUCCUGGGAGGUAUGAUUGAUCGACGAAGGAUGAUUUUCGGGCAUUUUUGUUUUCACUAGCUUUGCAGACUGGAGGAACUUUCUCAAUAAUGGAGUCGGCAUUUUCUUACAAGCUUGUUACUCGUUUGAGAUCGGCCACACAUGCUUUGCAUCAGAAGAACAUGUCAACCGAAUAUUUGCAUUUGAAGAAACAGUUUUGAUUUGGAUCAGCAUAUCUAAGAAAAAUUCACAAGGAAUCUUUGUUUUGCAUGUUGUAUCAUUUGAAAACCUAAGUUACAAAUAACAGAAGAAUUUGAAGCAAAGUAUCAAGUUCCUUCUUGCUUAGAGACAUUUUAGCAGUAAAAAUGAUUUGAAACUGAAUAUUCUGUACAGAAUCUUACUUUUAAUCAAAGGGAUCCAAAACUGUUAACAGUA